AGAAUUAUAAAAUGCAGCAAUCUAAAACCAGAUUAUUGCUUUCCUCACAGAAGAAAAAAAGGUUGCAUUGCUGUGCAGGUCACAACAUUUAAACCAUGAAAACUCUGACUUUAAUCUUCACAUUUUGCAUCAUUGUUGCCUUCUCACAAGCAAAGCCAGCAAUAGUCCCUCGGCCUGAACUAAACAAAACCCUCAAGGUGAACCGUACCCAACAAUUACAACAGAAUGAUCAGAGUAGCAGCUGUGCUUACUUGCUGACCAUAAUGACAAGCUGCAUUUCUCCCGCGUAUACAACAGAUCAAAUCAGUCUUCUAUUUGGCGACGCUCAUGGCCAUCAGGCUUAUAUUGCAAGACUAGAUGAUCCUGCAUCAGGGACGUUCCAACAGUGUGCAAUAGAUGUAUUUGACGUAAUUGGACCAUGCUUAGGCAAAAUCUGCCAUCUUUACCUAUAUAGGUCUGGAUCCAAUGGUUGGGUACCUGAAAGAGUGAUCGUGGAUGAUUAUUACUACGGGCCUAUUGCAUUUGAAUACAACAUUGAUAUUCCUGAAGGUGGCGGCUUGGGCUUUAACUAUUGUGGUUAAUCUGUAAAAUGAUUUAUAAACAUAUCUAUAUGAUGAAGAUACCCAAAAAAAACAAGUUAGAAAUGAAGAGAAGAGAUAUAUAUAUAUAUAUAUAUAUAUAUAUAUUAUAAUAAAUGUAAUAUAUGAUGAUAUAAUAAGAAAAGAAAGAUGAGGAGAAAUAUGAGGUGCGUACUUAUGAAGUGUAUGCAUUGUUUAUGUGUCUAAGUAAUUGAAUGAGUUUUCUUCA